AACUUACAACUUGUGAAGGACGUGCAAUGCUCUGACCUGAGAAUUCUCAUUUGCCGCCGUCCACGUAAAUCUUAAUAACAAUCAAAGCUUCAAUAGUUAAAUUUGAAUCUUCUUCUGAUCGAACUUCUCGAUCCUUUACCGGAAUUCGUGAUGCGAAAGACCGGAAGAGGAGGCCAGUGGGCUGAUCGGAAUCAAACACAAGAGGUUUGGGUCGCCAAACACACGAAUCAAACACACAAUCACGCUUCUACUUCCGGCUCACUACGCUCGGACCUCGGUAAUCGUUCUUCUACCGGUCCUAAUUUCAAAUACGAGCAUCGGAUUCGCCGCCGCCCUCGUCCCCAACCUGUCCAGGAAGCGGAGGUGAGUGCUUUGGCCGAUGGAAUAGAAUCUUUCACUUGUGAGGAAAAUCCUGUGGAAGUCGAUGUUGCGAAUUCGAACUGUGAGAUUAAAGACCAGACAGCUGGAAAUUCUGGCUCAAGUGAGGCUGUGGAUGAUGUUUACUGUAGGUUAGAGAUGCUGCAGCGCAGUUCCGAGGAGCCGGAGUUGUCGGAGGAGCAGCUAAGGAUUAAUGAUCAGUUGCAGGAAGAUGAGUUGCUGGCUUUGGAGUCCAUAUAUGGAGAAAAUGUCUAUAUCCUCGAUGAAUAUAAAGGGCAGCGCCGUUUCCAGAUCUUCAUACACAUUGAGAAUCCUGGUGAUAUUACUGUUACUGCAAAGCUUAGUUCAUCUGUUUCUCUUGAGAUCAAAAGUCCUAACUCAGACGAAUGCUCCUUUUCGUUCAAAGUCAAGUAUCUUAACCCCAUUGUUUUGACCUGUUUAUUACCAAAAUCGUAUCCUAGUCACCUACCUCCAUAUUAUACAAUUUCUAUUCAGUGGUUGGACUCUGCUAGAAUUUCCAGUCUUUGCUCUGUGUUGGAUGGGAUAUGGACUGAACAACUGGGGCAGGAAGUUGUAUAUCAAUGGGUAGAAUGGCUACAAAUGUCAUCUCUGGCUUAUCUUCAGUUAGAUAAAGCGAUUAUGCUUGGUCCUUACGACAAGGGACAUUCAAGAGAUACUCGGGCAGUUUCAGGAAGUGUUUCUCCAGAAGUUGAUGUUCCUGCAAUAAUAAAUUAUGACAAUCAGAGACGUGAUGAGGACUUCUGCAUGAAUUUGCAGGAAUGCUGCAUCUGUUUAAGUCAGUAUGCAGGUUCAAAGUUUGUUAGAUUGCCAUGUAAGCAUUACUUUUGUUGGAAAUGCAUGGAGACAUACUCAAGCAUGCAUGUUAAGGAAGGCACCAUAAGUAAACUCAAAUGUCCAGAUGCCAAAUGUGAUGUUAUGGUUCCUCCUGGUCUUUUGAAGCAAUUGCUUGGUGAUGAGGAGUUUGAAAGAUGGGAAUCCAUGAUGCUCACGAAGACACUGGAAUCAAUGUCAGAUGUGGUCUAUUGCCCAAGGUGUGAAACCCCCUGCCUAGAGGACGUAGAUCAUGAUGCUCAAUGCUCUAAGUGUUACUUCAGUUUUUGUACACUCUGUAGUGAGCGACGUCAUGUCGGGAUUGAAUGUAUGACUCCAGAAAUGAAGCUUCGUCUUCUUGAGGAGCGUCAAAAUUCAUCUCAGUUAGGUAGUGAACAAAGACGAAAGGAACGUGAGAUGAUAAAUGAGCUUAUUAGUGUCAAGGAAAUACUUCGUGAUGCCAAGCUAUGCCCAUCUUGUAAAAUGGCAAUAUCGCGGACUGAGGGUUGCAAUAAGAUGGUUUGUAAUAACUGUGGACAGUAUUUCUGUUACCGCUGUAGCAAGGCAAUUGAUGGAUAUGACCAUUUCAGGGAAGGGUCAUGUGAAUUGUUCCCACAAGAAGCCAUUCAACAGUGGGAAGAGCGCAUGAAUGCACGGCAGGUCUUGGGCCAGAUUCAAGCUGAACUUUUUCCUGAAAAUGGUCAUCCAUGUCCUAAUUGUGGUCAACUUAAUGCCAAGGUUGGGAAUAACAAUCACAUACGUUGCUGGUCAUGUCAAAUCCACUACUGCUAUUUAUGUAGAAAAGCUGUGAAGCGCAGCUCCCAGCAUUAUGGACCCAAAGGAUGCAAACAACACACAGUGGGUUGAUUUUACUUCUAUACUUCCAUAAUAAAAGGUAAGAGGCAUUUACGAUUUUGUAAAACUUUUAUUUUCUUCUUCCACUUUCUCUUUCCUUGUUUUCCCCUCUCUCACUUCAUUUUUUUAUUGAGAGAUAAUGUGAGUUCUAGUUUAAUAAAUCUUAGGAUAAUGUUCUAUCUGUAUUAUCUGGUGAAAUCAUUCAAUAAUGUUUUAGAUAGCAGUACUUCUUUUGGUAAACUUUACCCAUGUAAUUAAUGUAUUAGAUAGAAUUACAGGCCUUUUGUAAUAAUACCCACGUUGUGGUUCAUAUUUUUGUUCAAUUAUUA